GGAGUAGUCCCGCUCUGUAGAGGAAAUCAGUGAGUCGGCCGUUUUUCGGACUGCUGCACUGAAGAGGAAAAGCGGAUUUUCUUCCUUGCGGGAAAGUGUGGGCGUGUGUUGCAAGUACAGUGACGGAUAACGGAAUAGGAACAUUUAUCACUCUUGCACCCGAAGAUUUCGCCCGUCUCGACACCAUUCCGUUCUUUUACGCCUUCUAUGUUCACUUCCGGUCAGGGUUUGCAACCAGCAAGAGAUAGCGGUGGCAGCAGGCAACUGAUAUUCCCAUAACUCUGCGCUUGUAUGGACUCUGGGGCGGAUCGAGCUAGAGCUAAAGUCGCCGGAAGAUAAGAUAGAAGCCUCUCCCAUCGCCCUUUUGUUGCGUGAUAAACAUAAGCCCGGAUUUUUGGAUCACUGCUGGUUUGCAAUUUGAAGCGUCCAACACCGCCCCCCACCCGCCCACCAGUACGAGCAGCGAGCGCGCGAAAUGAGCAGGAAAAAUGAGACGGAGCGGCAGAAGCAGAUACAGGAAAAGUGUCAGAUGCUGCUGACGAAGAUGCUGCGGGACGACGACAACAAGUACUGCGUGGACUGCGACGCGAAGGGACCGCGCUGGGCGUCCUGGAAUUUGGGCGUGUUUCUGUGCAUCCGCUGUGCCGGCAUCCACCGCAAUCUGGGCGUCCACAUUAGCCGGGUGAAGUCGGUCAACCUGGACAGCUGGACACCGGAGCAGGUGGUUUCCCUGGAGCAGAUGGGCAACUCCCGUGCCCGGGCCGUGUACGAAGCAAUGAUACCGGACGGGUUCCGGCGUCCGCAGACCGAUUCCGCACUCGAGAGCUUCAUCCGGGCCAAGUACGAGCACAAGAAGUAUCUUGCCCGGGAGUGGGUCCCACCGCCCGCCCCGAAAGUUGACUGGGACCGGGAGAUCGACGAGGAGAUCGAGCGGCAAAAGCGCAAGAAAAAAGCUUCCUCCUCGGGUGGGGCCGGCGGCAGCAUCGGCUCGGUCGGUGGAUCGCUCUCCCUUUCAUCGCCCGCGGACCGGAAAGCCCAUUCAGCGGGUGGUGGUGCAUCCAGUGCCGCAUCACCUUCGUCGGUCGGAUCGGCUGUGCCAAAGCUGAAAGCCCCUGCCAGCAGUAUGAAACCGUCCAGCCGGAAUUCGGGUGGUGGUGCCGGUGGUUCGCUGAACAGCUCUGCUUCCUCGUCGGACGCGGCCAGUAGCCAAUCGGCGGUGCAAAACACGAGCGCUGGGACGGAUCUGCUCGGCCUGUCGCUUGGCGAGGGCAGUUUGACGCCGAAUCACAGCAGCGCUAGCAACAAACCCGCCAACGGAUUGUCGACAACCGGCGGCAGCAGCAGCAAUGGGGUGGAUUUGCUCGAGCGGAAAAACACCGACUCGGACGAUCUGGCGAAGGUGGAGGCGGACUUUUUCAAUCAAGCCGGCAGUGCUGGUGCUGGUACGGGCGGGCUGGACGCAAGCGGCAAACUGACGAAGGACAAAAUUAUGGCCCUUUACGGAUCGGCCCCGAGCAGUGGACCGACGCCGCUCGGCAGUGGGUUCGGUGGACCGGCGGCGGGUGGUUUCGGUGGAUUCCAGCAGGCCGGCAGCACGUUCCCGCCCGCCAACGGGCCCGGUAUGAUGCCGGCGAACGCGUUCGGUGCGUUCCAAACGUUUCCGACCGGUGCCGGACCACAACCGCCGCCCGGACAGUACGCGAUGAUGGGUGCGGGCGUACCGCCGCAGAUGGUGUUCCACAGCAACAAUGGUGCGAUGGGUGGUGCUCCCGGCGGCAUGAUGGCACAGCAGGGCGCGAUGUUUAACGCACAGCAGGUUGGCGUUCCGCCGAUGGUUCCCGCGUACGGUGCGAUGGCGGGCCAGUACGGUGCUGCCAGUGGUUUCCCGCCCAUGAUGGGUAUGCAGCCCCCCCAGCCAGGGCAGGUAAUGGGCCCGGGAGGAGGCGGAGUGGCUGCGUUUGCUAACUUUCCUAAAGCCGUCCCUCCGCAGCAGCAGCAGCAGCAACAGCAGCAAGCGCAAGACAAGCUAAGCAAUCAGUUCGGCACGAUGAAUCUGCGGGACGUGUGGCAAUAAGAGAAGAACCGUGGACCUUAGCAAUCCCCUCGGGGCCGACUAACUUAUCUAGAGCCUCCACACACACGCGCGCGCGCAGCCCCCUAUUCCCCGUCCGAAAGCCAAAAGCAGUGGAAAAAACGAUUAAAAAACCAGUUUAAAGUACCGAAACCGUUAAGCGUGUGUACUAAACCGGGUAGGGGAAGGAACCUAAAAACACUAUCACAUCAGGAAGCAGGAACGGGGAAGUAAAAUGGUGCGAGCUAGCGGGCGAGCGGGCGCGCAGAUUUUAGGGCAAUUACACUUAUUUAGCUAAACGAAACAUGAGAAUGAAAACUAUGGAAAAGCAUAAGCAGAAUCACAAGUAUAUAUAUAUAUAUAUAAAUAUAAUAGUAGGUUAGUGUUGAACCAUACCCUCUCCCCUACCCCCACCCCCCUUUCCUUCCUUCUUCUGCUGGCAUGAUGCCCCGCCAUCGUUUCGUCUGUGUGUGUACACUCUUGUUCGUUUAGAAGGAUAAUCCUUCGUAGUCGUAUUAACUUUCCUUUUCCAUUCCGACGGUGACUCACUGCGAAAGGGUUAGAAAUAGAUAUAUAUAUACAGGAAAGGAGGGUGCAUGAUCAAGACAGGGAUGAAAAUACUAUACUAUUACUGCGACCGUAUUCGCACCGUCGCAUUCAGGGUAUCAGGAAGACAAAUAUUGACACAGCGGUUCCUUUUCCGAGAGUUUGUUUUUGUUUUCUGCUGUAACCGCUACUAUUUUGAAUUCAAAGAAGAAACAUAGAGCUACUGUAUACAUACA